AUGAUGGAUGCUGACGAGGGUAACCACUAUUCGUGUAGCUGCUGUAUUUCGACGAUUUCGUUACUUUGCGCUGCUUUGAUAUUGACGUAUGUUUCGUCAACGGUUCGAUUCUAUGUGAAAGUUUUUCUUUACUUCACGGCCAUCAUCGCAGCUGGAACAGUUGGAGGUAUAAUAAGUUUGCCCUUUGGGAGGACGCCUAACAAUCAUUAUAGGAUGUUUCGACUAUUCCAAUGGUUCUCUUCGUUUUUACGACUGCGGUUCAUAUUACGGAAUGAGCAUUAUUUGACGAGCGACAAAGCGUUCAUUUUGAUCGCUAACCAUCAGAGCGCUAUCGACGUACUUGGUAAGCUCCCUCUGAGGUUUCCCUUUGAAAGCGUUUUUUUAAAGGCUUUGAAAUAUUUCCAUAACCAUUCCGUUAGGAAGUUAGAGUAUAGGUUAGAGCUCAGCCAGAAAAGUGAGAUCCACUAA